CCACUACAAAUUAUACCUAUGCAUAAUUAGUUUAUUAUUAUUAUUGGAAGGCAUCAUCAUGUCAUAAUUGAAUGCAAAAAAUAUUUAUUGGAUAAUAUAUCCAUUGAAGUGAAGUUAAUGUACAUACAAAUUAAAAGAUUGUGACCCAUAUUGUUUAUAGAACGAGCGUGUAACAGUUAAAGUAAAUCUCAAAAGUGGCAACAAGUACACGGGUCUAUCUACCAUCAUAAUGAAGUUAAAGCUGCACUCAAGCUGCAUGCUAAUGGAGUUUGUGAAUAGAAAAUAGAAAAUCAUUUAAUGUUAAUCUACAAGAACCUAAUUUCGAAUAGAAAAGCAAAAACUCCUACACUCAAGGACUAACCGGAAAAGAAAAUUGAAAUUGCAAACGCUUUCGUCGGCACGUACUCAAGACCUGGUCUGUGCACAACGCAUCAAUCAAGCUGCCGCUGUCGACGCUGCUGCAGCCAAGGUGCAUGCUGGCCUAGCAGAUAUAUAACAAACAUUAUUCCCCCCCAACCACCUGCCCCUCUGGGAAAGUGCGAACGACCAUUACUAUCAGGCCAAAUGUAUGCAGGACGGGCAACACAAUUUGCCAAAACCAUCAGCAGUAUGGCAUGUAGUAUUCCGAAACAACCAACCCAACCCACAGUAACAACAGCAACAACAACAGCAACAGCAGCAACAACAGCAACCACAACAGCAAUGUCAAAUGUGUGUGUGGGUGGAACGGCGGGAGGAGGUAGUGUUGGUGGUGGCAUCGGUUCCAGUGGAGCUGGCACAGUGCCCUCCACUCCAAAAGCAACAAAGACAACGGCACAACCCCGCGGCUCAUUGCCCACGGAUGUACAUCAACCGCCUUUGGAAUUUCAAUGGCCACCUCCGGUACCAGUAUCCAGUCAUACAAGUAAUUUACGCCUGAACAUGAUGAAUCAGGACCCCAAAGAUUUGCAUACAGCCCGGGCCAUAAUCGAGGAAUUGCGCUCCAAGGUGCGUUUCCAGACCGAGCACAUCAUGAAAUGGCGCAAGGCGUAUGCCAUGCAGGUUCAACAACACUAUCGCUAUCAAAAGGAAAAGUCCGAUCAAAUGAACUCACUGACAUCACAACUUUUGCUCCUGGAGUCACGACUGAAGCGAAAACAAAAACAAAUCGGUAGCUUGCUGAAUCAUCGUGAACUAACUAUACAGAGGCAACAAAAAAUCAUCGAUACUUUGUCCACUCGUUUGGUCGAUCAUGGUCUGGAAACUAUUGAGGCGAGCUAUGCCAACGAAUUGGACUCAUUGAAUGAUUCCGAUUCGGCUGUGGUGCUUGAGGACAUCGAUUCGGAUAGCAAUAUGACUCUGGGCACUCGACGCAAAAGCAGCGGAGGCGGUGGAAUGCUGGGCAGUGAUGGCAUUACCAUAGUACGUUCCAUAUCGGAUGCAAUUGAAACUAAUCUGAAUAAAUAUGGAGCAGCACGUAGAAAUAAUUGCUUCUUGCGGCGUCCUGAAAUUCUGGAGACUGUCUAUUCGGUGGAAGAGGAUCCCGAGCCCACAUCCGAUGUGGCUGAGAAGCGUGAUAAGUUCAAGAAUCGCUCAGAUAAGGCUCUCAGUUCGAGCUCAACAGAAGGACAAAUCGAUGGAGUAAACGCCACGCCGACAACAGAAAAAACCAAAGAUGAGGGUAGCUUUACAACAACAACAGCAGUGAGUGUUCCACCGCGCCGUCAAUUGGGUGCACUGAAGCGUUCGCCCAGUCACGAUGCUCCUUGCACCACGCUCAGUGUCAAGGUGCCACAAUUGCAACCCACUUUAACGCCCACACAAGAGACGCUCAAUGUAAAGAAUCCGGUAACCAACUACAAUCGAGUCAUGUCGAAUCAUCGCUCGGUGACCAAACCCAAGGAUGUCAAAUAUAAACGCAUCAAUAAAGCCAAAUCAAAGAGUCUGGAAGAGUUACGGGGUCGUCUCAAGAAUUUGGUGGAACGUCCGCCGGGCAUGGAUGGCGGCUAUACAGCUGGCAUGAUGCCACAAACGGCUCAAUCAUAUGCGUGA